CCUAAUAAGGCCAUGCACACUGCAAGAGACCUAUAUAAAAGUCAGGACUCUGGGGACUUUGCAGGACACCUGGAGCAAGAAAAGGAAGAGCUGUCCAGCUUGGGAACCAAGAAGGUGACCAUGGCUAAGGAGUGGGGCUACGCCAGUCACAAUGGUCCUGAGCACUGGCAUGAACUUUAUCCAAUUGCCAAAGGAGACAACCAGUCACCCAUUGAGCUGCAUACAAAAGACAUUAGGCAUGACCCCUCUCUGCAGCCUUGGUCAGCAUCUUAUGAUCCCGGCUCUGCAAAGACCAUCGUGAAUAAUGGAAAGACCUGCAGAGUUGUGUUUGAUGAUACUUACGACAGGUCCAUGCUGAGGGGUGGUCCUCUCUCUGGACCCUACCGACUUCGCCAGUUCCAUCUUCACUGGGGCUCCUCAGAUGACCAUGGCUCUGAGCACACGGUGGAUGGAGUGAAGUAUGCUGCUGAGCUCCACCUGGUUCACUGGAACCCAAAGUACAAUACCUUUGGAGAAGCUUUAAAGCAACCCGAUGGAAUUGCUGUUGUUGGAAUUUUUCUGAAGAUAGGCCGGGAGAAAGGAGAGUUCCAGUUUAUCCUUGAUGCCCUGGACAAAAUUAAGACCAAGGGCAAGGAGGCUCCUUUCACUCACUUUGACCCAUCGUGCCUGUUUCCUGCUUGCCGGGACUACUGGACCUACCAUGGCUCCUUCACCACGCCGCCCUGUGAAGAGUGCAUUGUGUGGUUGCUGCUGAAGGAGCCCAUGACCGUGAGCUCAGACCAGAUGGCCAAGCUGCGUAGCCUCUUUGCCAGCGCUGAGAACGAGCCCCCGGUUCCCCUAGUGGGGAACUGGCGUCCUCCCCAGCCCAUCAAGGGUAGGGUGGUGAGGGCCUCCUUCAAGUGAGGCUCUGUUUCCAUCCUCUUCAGGAAAGAAUACCUGCCCCCUGAAGAGUUAACUGCCUCCUGGUACUCUGUGCUCUACGCUACUCUAAAACACCUAGAGAAAACAAGAUGCAGUCGCAGGAAACCGCAAUGCCUUUGACACUAUCUAACCCAGAAGCAUGAAUUUCACCCCUAACCUUUGCAACAACUAUGUUUUCUAUAAAAUUAGUAUUUCUAGCAUGGGUUCAAUGAGGAAGAAAUAGAAAAAUAGAGAUAUGGAACUUAAUGAGCAUACUAAAUUUCUCAGAACCUCAUGGCUCCUGUUUCCCAGCUGAGUUCGGUCAUGUUAUUUAUAUGUGUGGGUAUGGAGGCAUGUGCCCACCCUACCACAGUUAAGUGAAGGCACAAGUUAAGAUCAUUGUGUUUGGCCUCUUAAAUGCCAGUGAAACUCCAUCACUCAUUAAAAUUUUGCCUACUAUGAA